AUGUCUCAGAUCGACCCCGGUGGGUCUUCUCCGGACACAAACGGCACUGGCCAAGGGAUAUCGCUAACCGCUCCGGCUCCGGACAAACCGGCGGCGCAGCGUAAAUCUACCAAGCGUGAGCGUGUUGCACUAGCUUGCCAAAGGUGCAAAACCAGGAAGCAAAAGUGUGAUGGUCAGCGGCCGGCCUGUGCCUCGUGUUCCCGAUUAUCAUUAAAAUGCGUGUACAUUGUCCCACUUGUUCCAGCAGCGGGCGAGAAAAAGAUUUAUAUCAGGGCCCUCGAGAAUCGUAUCGCUGAGCUUGAAGCAUACCUCACGUCGAUUGGUCACCAUGAUGUCGAAAAUGGUCAUCUGGGACGCUUAGGGCUCUCAACGUCGUCAUCUCGAAAUACCACAGUGACACCAGUUAGUCAACAUAACCAAGCACCGGCACCAGUGCCUGAACAAGUCCCACGGGAUGAUGAGGAUGAUUCCAAUGAUAUCUUACUCGCUGUCAGGGACUUAUCACUUUCCGCAUCUGGUCACUAUAUUGGGGCAUCAUCAAAUAUCACUAUAGGGCGCGUGCUCAGUUCGUUUGUACAUAGCCAGAAAUCUUCCAUCUCGGCUUCUCAUGAGGGAUCAAUAAUUCAAAUCGAAGACGAUCCAGCACCGAAAUCCAUUUACUCAACAACCGCGGGCGAUAUCAUUGGCGUUCCUUUUCUAAGUCCUCAGGUUGCAGCGAGACUUCUUCAUGGUUACUUCCGCCAUAUAGCUACAAGAUACCCCGUGCUACAUUCCACUCAGGUAGUGGAGCUUCAUAAUAAUAGGGAUAAUCUCACAGAUGAAUACGAGCAAGCUAUUCUACAUCUUGUAUAUGCGGUCAGUGGGAGAUGGCUAGAGUCAGCUGGUGAAAUGGGCCAUUUUUUUAGUGACCACCAUUAUGACCUUGCUUUUGAAGAGUUGGAACCUAUGCUUCGUCUUCGCGACUCUCGGACUAUUAAUUACUUAUUACUCAUGGCGUUAUACUGCACAAGAGCUCCUCGAGAUCCGGGAGCCUGGACAUAUGUGGGAGCUGCUGUUAGAUUGUGUAUAGAAUUAGGAUUGCAUCGACGACAACGAAGGCAACAGCCCAGCGUCGAGGGCGAAAUGGAUAAACGCCGAUUUUGGACGGCAUAUUUUCUUGAUCGGGAUAUUUCCAUCGCUGUUGGACGUCCACCUAGUAUAUCGGACCGCGAUAUCGAUGCGGAAUUGCCCCUUGACAUUAAUGAAGACAUCAUUAACGAUGAGGUUAUCCGUCAAGCUGCGAUGCGUGUUAGCAAUAUUCCUGUCAAUCCCCCUAAUACGCUAACAUCUUUCAUCCAUCGGACAAGACUCAAACAAAUCGAGUCGGAAAUCCAACAUGACAUUUACAGAGUUGAUCGACCAAGCGAUGUCUCCGAUGAUACCAUAAAUGCGUUCCUUGAUAGGCUAAACUCAUGGAAAGCCGCCAUCCCUUUCGAUACAAUGCACUACGUGCACCGGCAGGAGGACGCAUACGAAGGCGCUGAGCUAUAUACGCUUCACUAUUACCGUUGCGUUCGGUUCUUAUUAUAUCCCCAGCUAGCUAAAAACCCGCUGAAUAUUCUCUACUUAAAGACGUGCGCCGAUGCUUGCAUAGGGAUCAUCACGGAUUAUCGACGGUUGCAUCACGCCUUUCCAAUAGGCUUCUCGGCUUUGUCGAUACAAUCCGUCUUCUUAGCAGGCCUAACCUUGAUCUAUUGUGCAUGGCUGGCUCCUUCAGAUUUUAUAAGUGUCGAGGGCUCAUUGACCGAUUGUCAGAUCCUUCUGUAUAUCGUCACAGAACGUUAUCCAUCUGCCAGAAAAUACCGGGACGUGUUCGAGCGCAUUAAAUCGGCGAUAAUGGGUAUCAUUGCUCAGGGUAAGCACGAGCCGCGAAAUCCCGUUCAUAUAGAUCCAAACGUCCAGAAAGGAUUCGCGAACUUUGAAGGCCAAUGGGCUCCUGGAAUGGGUGCGGACUUCUCUUAUAUGGUCAAUACUAUGACCGGUAAUGUAGCGACGGAGCCUCCAUUUAACUUAGGACUGGACCCGACGACGGCAGCAUUAUCCGGGCAAUCCGAGCAGCAUGCAUCAAAUUUGGGUCAGUAUGGGGCCGUCUGGCCUGAUAUGCAGCAGCCGAUGUCUCACGAACUUGGUGAUAUGAACGGACUUGGUGGGAUCUAUCAAUAA